AUGAUUGGGAGUGUUGAUCAAGGAAUAUCAAGAAUAAAACAUAGACUUUCUCACAAAAAGGUUCUUUUGGUUCUUGAUGACGUUGAUGAGGUUGAACAGUUAGAAAAACUCGCGGGAGGGUGUGAUUGCUUUGGUUUUGGAAGCAAAGUCAUUAUAACAACAAGAAAUAAGCAAUUGCUAGUUGCACACGAUGUUGAAAAAACGUAUGAAAUGAUCAAGUUGAAUGAGUAUGACUCUGGUGAGCUCUUUUGCUGGCAUGCCUUCCAAAUGAACCAACCUCCCUUAACCUAUCAAGAUAUGUCUAGUCGUGCAUUAAGUUAUGCACAAGGCCUUCCUCUGGCAUUAAAAGUAAUUGGCUCCAAUUUGGCAAAUAAAAAUUUAGAGGAGUGGAAGUCUAUAUUGGAACAAUAUGAAAGGAUCCCAGAAAGAACAAUUCAUGAGCUUCUAAAGAUAAGCUAUAAUUGCUUACAGGCCGGUGCUAAGCGUAUUUUCUUAGAUAUUGCUUGUUUUGUUAACAAAGAGAUGAUGGGAUCUACUAAAGAAAUAGUAGAAGCUUGUGAUUUUGGUGCUAGGUUUUAUCUUGAAGUUCUUGUUGAUAAAUCUCUAAUAACUUCAGUUCCUGGAGAUGAUGACUUUUUCAUGCAUGAUCUAAUAAGACAAAUGGGAAGAGAGAUCGUCAGACAAGAAGCACCAUUAAAUCCUGAAAAGCGCAGCAGAUUAUGGUAUUACGAAGAUGUUCUUAAAGUACUAAGUGAAAAUUUAGGAUGCAAUAAUAUUGAAGGAAUAAUGCUUGAUCCUCCUCAGCAAGAGAAAGUAAAAUGGAGUGGUAUGGCCUUUGAGAAGAUGAAUAACCUUAGAAUUCUUGUUGCUCGAAAUGUUCAAUUUUCAACUGGUCCUGCCUAUCUACCCAAUAGCUUAAGGUGGCUUGAGUGGGAGGGGUAUCCUUCUGCAACUUUGCCAAAAGAUUUCUCUCCUUCAGAAUUAAUCUUCUUGAAGUUACCUGGAAGUUCUUUUAGACUAAGAGAGCCAUCCAAGAUUUUCACUAGCUAUGUGACACAUUUGGAGUUUUCAUUUUGUGAGUUCAUAACUGAAAUACCUGAUAUGUCUCAAUCUGAUGAAACUUGA